AGGAAGUCUCAGUCUCAAUCUUCACUUCACUUUAAUCGUCUCAAGGUGAACACAAAACUCUUAUUGACAACCCUCAAAACGACCUUUGUCUCUGGUUUUGUCGUCAAUCUUAUCUGAAGGAUGAACGAGCAACCAGGGAGAACCGUGAGUCAGCUGCCACCAUGUUAUCAUGAAGGGUACUUGAGGAAGCAAUCAUUGUAUGAUAAGACAAGCUGCCAACUCUGGACACGCCUGUGCGGCAACACACUUUUCUUUUUCAAUCACAAGAUGGAUACAACGUACCUUGAAAAGAUGGAUCUCAGCGGACUGACAAACAUCACAAAUGACACUUCGGUGGAUAUUAACCUGAACGCAGCAAGUCUGAAACUCCAAAUCCAAGAUAUCACCAUCAGACUUUCUGCUCCGAGUGCAGAGGCUCGUGAGCUUUGGAAAGGCUUCAUUCAAUCCGUGGCUGAGCUGUCAGUGUCUUCCUCCCACAUACUGCUGCCGAGACAAAUAGUCUUGCUGGAAGACGUUGUGGAAAAGGAGAAAGAACGACAAAAAAAUGCCCAGCAACGUUCAAGCCUGAAUGCUGACCCCAAUGUGGACAUGCCAGACUGCUUCCACCCGGUGUCUCGCAUGGAGGCGGAGCUUCUUCUGACGACAAAGGCCAGCAGAGGAAACCUGCUGCUCAGGCCCAGCAGGCACGGCGACGCCUUCGCUAUUAGCACCAGAGAAGAACUUAAUGGCCCCAUACUCAAACAUUACCGCGUGAGCCGCAAACACGACAACAUCUUCAUCAUCGAUGUGGACAAUCCUGUCACCUGCACCUCUCUACCUGAUACCAUCAAGCACUUUAUGGACACCUCAGAAGGUGCUCUGAAGCCUCUACCCAGGGAGGAACUCUAUCAGAAGAAACUGUCUUUCGUUGCCUUUGAUCCUGAAUGUGGAGAGAAGAUAUUGCGGACUGCUUCUAUGACUGUAAAGCCAAACUUAUCUACUCAACCAGAAACCAACAUGAAAGCUCCAAGGAAAUCGAAGGAGCCUCCAGUUCCAGCACGUCGUAAAACUCUGCACUCAUACCAAGUUUCAGUCUGUCACCAGUUAAUACAAGAAAACCAGGGGAAAAUUAAGAUUCACAAACAUAGUUUCGGAUAGAGUAUCCGAAAGUCUAAACUGCGACACACAUAUAUUCUGUGGUGUUAUCAGGGAAAUCACAUUUAUUUUUGAACACAUUCUUUGGCUGAGAUACACUUGAAAUAUUUUUGUCUCUGUCACUACUACUUAGAGUUGACCAAACUCAAAAUUACACCAAAUGUUUAGAUUUCCAUGGCUCAGUAGCACCCAUUGGAAUUGUUGUAAAAUCCAGGCCUCAAAACCAGCAUUAGGAAGGGUCUUUUUUAAAAUGUAUUAAUGUUGGACACUCGUGGAAAACAAUGUCAAGGCGUCAAAUCAUAAGGUUCAACUUAAAGUGAAAUGAAUUAUAUUUAUUUACCGCUUUUCUCUAGAGACUCAAAGUACUUUACAUAGUGUUUUAUUUAUUUAUUUAUUUUUUGUCCUUUCCAGCUUCUCAGGCAAAUCAUAUAGUUGAUGUAGAUGCCCAUAUCGGCUGUUCGGAUUUACUUUACAAAAGAUAAGUGUAGGAUACUUCUCUUGUUGCCUUAUUUGGGACGGCGUGGCGCAGUGGGGAGAGUGGCUGUGCGCAACCCGAGCGUCCCUGGUUCAAUUCCCACCUAGUACCAACCUUGUCACGUCCGUUGUGUCCUGAGCAAGACACUUCACCCUUGCUCCUGAUGGGUGCUGGUUGGCGCCUUGCAUGGCAGCUCCCUCCAUCAGUGUGUGAAUGUGUGUGUGAAUGGGUGAAUGUGGAAGUAGUGUCAAAGCGCUUUGAGUACCUUGAAGGUAGAAAAGCGCUAUACAAGUACAACCCAUUUAUCAUUUAUUUAUUUAUUUGAAUUUGACUUUAUUAAAUGUAUUUAUAUUAUCAUUUGGUGCAGCCGGGCCGGAGCAGGAUGGGAUAGAAAGACAAAAAAAAGGAAGACAGAGGGGGAAAUUGUGGGGAUAGGAGGGGGAUUAGACAGAGAGAUAAAAACAACAACAGCAAAUACAACAAUAACAACAACAACAAUAGAACAACACCAGGCCAUACAAUAUGUACAAAUAUGAUCGUAAAAGUGAUAGCAAAUAAGCAGUUAGUGAAAUAAAUAAUAUAGUAAUGACAAUGAGCAUUUUACACUAAAACUGGAGCAAUACAAAUACCAAUAGAAAAAGCGCUAUUGAUCAUGAACAAAACCAAUAGUUUACCUCUAUUAUCAACAAUAAAGUUGUUCAAAUGGAACAAUACGUAUACAUAAUGAUAGCUAGAAAGAUAAUAAAAAAAUAAAUAAAUAAAUGAAAUAAAAAAAGAAAAAAAAAGAAGGAAUACCGAAAGAUGAAAGAGAAGAGAGAGAGGCAACCUAUAUUAAUCUUGUAGAUUGUUAUAAUAACAAUGGUUUAAGCUCUGUCAAUAUGCCUUGUGUUACCCAGUUUACCCUAGGGCAACAAUGUUUAUAUAUGUCUGAUGAAACGUGAUUAUGUGCAUGAGUGUAUGUAUGUAUAUGUACUUGUAUAUGAACAGAAUGUGUAUAUGAAUGUUUGUACAGUAAAUGUAUAUGUACAGUA